AGAGAAAUUGAUGGUUGUUUGUUAUCAUGAGCAUGGCCAUUCUAUAAAGAAAACGGCAGCGAAAUUUAACAUUCAAAGACGUGAUUGGAAGGCUAAAAAAGAUUUGUUAAUGCGAGCAUCACCGCACAUUCUCAAGCUUCAUAUGGGCCGUAAAGCGAAGUAUCCUGAACUGGAAAAGGAACUGGCUGAAUGGAUACUAGAGAAUCGACGAAAGAGUAACCAUUUACCCGAUGAUCUAAUACCUAAACAGUUGGAAUUCCUUAGUUAUGUUCUAUAUAAACGUCGUGAAUAUAAUUACCCAUUAAGUCUUAUUGGUAAUAUGGACGAGACACCCCUCUCUUUUGAUCUUCCGAAUCCAACUACAGUAACUCAGCAUGGUUCUAAGUCAGUAACAAUCAGGACAACAGGACAUGAGAGAACUUGUUUUACCGUUAUUUUAGCAUGUAUGGCAGAUGGGUCUAAACUACCUCCGAUGUGCAUUUUUAAACUCAAAAACAAGCCACGCGAUCUAUUUCCAGAUGAUAUUCACGUACGAGUUAACGAAAAAGGCUGGUGUAAUGAGAACGAAAUGAAAUAUUGGAUCGAAAAUGUGUGGUCGGUGAGACAGACAAGCGCUCCACGCUCUCUUUUAAUUCUAGAUUCAUCCCGUGGUCAUCUUAUCAAUACGGUACGACGGCUUUAUAAUGAUUGGAUGGCACGAGAAAUUCACCAGUUGGCUCCAGCAGGUCGAAUCAAGAGACCGUCGUAUGCAACAGUUACUGACUGGGUGAAAAAGGCGUGGGAUGAAAUCGAUGGUGAACUUAUUAGAGGCGCAUUCAAAUGUUGUGGUAUUUCUGUUAAGGAGGAUGGAACGGAGGAUGAGUUGAUAUUUGAUAGUGAGAGAUUGGAUGACAUUAGCGUUGAUCAAACCGACAAGGAGAAUGAUAUUUUCGUAGAUAUUGAAGGUGAUAAUUAUGAAGAAACGGAUGGUUUUAGGAAUAUAUGGUAA